AUGGCGACUCAGCUCUUCUUCUCUCGCUCUCUUCCUCCUAAAACCCUAAUGUUGUCUUCUAUGUUUUCUCGUUCGUUUCUCGCUACCACCGGAGUCACCAUCUCCGCCUCUUCUCACUCCUCUUUCUCCCUUCUUCGCCGCUUCCGUCCCCUCGCUGCUAUACCCGCCGCUGAUUUCCGCCGUCUCUCUCCGGCCCCGACCGUAAAGGAUUUCUCUACCCGUGUCGCUUCUUCGUCUCUCAAUGAUCCCAAUCCCAACUGGUCUAAUCGCACACCUAAGGAGACCAUAUUACUUGAUGGGUGUGAUUUCGAACACUGGCUCGUUGUCAUGGAGAACCCAGAUGAACAACUCACGAGGGAUGAGAUUAUCGACAGCUAUAUCAAAACGCUUGCCAUGGUUGUUGGAAGUGAGGAAGAAGCUAGGAUGAAGAUAUACUCUGUUUCGACAAGAUGCUACUUUGCAUUUGGGUGCCUUGUUUCGGAAGAACUUUCUUACAAAAUCAAAGAACUGCCUAAGGUUCGUUGGGUUCUUCCUGAUUCAUACUUGGAUGUUAAGAACAAAAGUUAUGGAGGGGAGCCUUUUAUUGACGGAGAAGCUGUUCCUUAUGAUCCUAAGUACCAUGAAGAAUGGAUUAGAAACGAUGCUAGAGCUCGUGAGAGGAAUACGCGCAAUGGUAGACCUCGCAAUUUUGAUAGAUCAAGAAACUUUGAGAGGAGGGAAAACAAUCAAAAUAGAGAAUUCCCAAAUGCUUCUCCCAAUCAGCCACCGCCGCAAAACUUUAACAGACCACCUCCACCACCACCAAACAACUUUAACGGACCACCACCACCACCACCACCAAACAACUUUAACCGACCACCACCACCACCGAACAACUUUAACGGACCACCACCACCACCACCAAACAACUUUAACAGACCACCACCUCCACCGAACAACUUCAAUAGACCACCACCAACGCCACCGAACAACUUUAACGGACCGCCACCACCACACAACCAUGGGGGGCCACAGGCAAACAACUACUGGGGAGCACCACAGGCAAACAACUAUGGUGGACCUUCAAACUCCGGCUGGACGCCGGCACAGAACAACUAUGGAGGGGUGCAGCCUAAUGCUGGUGGAUUGUCUAACAAUGUGCAUAACAAUUAACAAGAAUUGUCAACUGGUCAGGGCAGUCUCAGACUUGCAUUAUUCAUUAGUUGUUUUGAGUUACUUGGUGUUUGGUUCAAACCACAAAUCCUAAUGGUAAUCGAGUAUUUGCUUCUAGAGUUUAGUUUUGCUUUCUGAGUGGGCAUAUGCUUAAACCUGUUGGGUGUUCCAAAUGCAAGUACAAUUUAAAAUAAACAUCCAUGAGAUGAUGUUAAUAUUCAUAAUGUUAUGUUAUCUUUGUUA